UAUUUUGCUGUUCGCUGGAGGGUCACUCGUUCUGGGUUCAUUUUGAGUCCACAACAAAUUGUUUUCGAUCGUAAUUUGGAGGUGUUAUUUUUUAACGGAUCGUAUGGUGGUGACUCCGCUGGACCGGUGGCAACGCCCUCAAGUGUUAGGGGUUGAAGUUAUUUCUGUGGCUUCUCCGCUACACCGGACAGUGUUACAUAAUCCGCGACAACAGACGACAGGAGAAUACGAAUGAUAGAGACAGAUGAAGUUGAAGAGUGAAACUGCAGCUGGGGGCAGCCGGUCUCAUCAAGCGGCUCAAUAUUUCAGUGGUCGAUCGUCUGGACAGUUAGAGCCAUUCCAAACAAUUGGCUCUUGCUCACUGCGUGUGACAGUGGCGAGAAAACAGGAGGACGAGUGGACGACCUGGACAGAGGCCACGAGCGACCAGGAGGAGCACUAUGGAACCGACGAUGACGAUAACAUGGUGAUUCCGAAGGACUCGAGUCAAGAGGGAACAGGCUCUGAGCUAUCGUUCCUUGCGAUGUCUCCAGUGGGCUCCGACAGGCUUCAACUGCUGUGGGAUAAUUUCAUUCAUGCCGAACCGCAAAGUUAUGAGAAAUCAUCGUGGCUCGAUAUAUUCCUCGCUGAAUUGCUUGCACAAGUGCACGAUGGCAGGGACAUUAAGGAGAUUCUAUCGUUCUGCUCGGUAGGUGGUGGUGGAGUGUCCACCCUAGUGGCCUGUGAACUUCUCUCGGACGUUCACGACCUCUGCGCAGCGCGUAACGACGGCGGAGAAUUGAUCGAGCUCCACAAAUACCUGAUCCAGGGUCGUGGCUGGCGUUCGCUGUCGGUCCUCCACCUCCUCGGGGUUCGUGGCCUGUCCUGCGGUCGGGAACUGGUCGCCCUCCUCGUAGCCCUCUACCCCGUCUCCUCCCAGUCCUCCACCCAACCACUGCCCCCCAAUCCCUACAUUAAAUUCCACUGCAACGACGACACCGUCGACACCGUCGAGAUCAUUCCCCACACGACAAAAAAGAAGAAUCGCAGUCGAUCGAGCACGACCAACGAGGCUCAUGUUUCACGUAAGCGCCUGCGAAGAUACAGUGCUGCGGGGACGAGAGUGGCCUCUCAGGCAGUGGGACACAGAGAUCCCUCGAAAAACGACGCCAGCAGUGAAUCGGAGGUUCUCACCGAUGGAAUUGAUCAGGCGCGCUCCCUCACCCUGAAGAUCCGCCUCAACCCAAUGGACUUCGAGUACUUCACGUCAGUCGUCAGGUCCGACGAGGAAAACCAGUGGGGGGCAGUCCUGUACGAACCCCCCCUGCGCCCCUCUCGAAAAGUCCCUCAAGACUUCAUCGACGAUCGAGUGAAAUCAGUUCUCAACACGAAAAUCAGCCACUUCGAGACUAGCCUCUUGAUAAUUCAACUCCUCCAGGGGCUCAGGGACUACGAGACUGUUCCUGCUGAGCAAACGCCUGCAGUUCAGGUCCUGAAAUUCGCCCUGGACACUCUCUGGUCCCUCCAAUUCGGCAUCGACGGUCCCAGUCUCACCGGCACAGAGUGCGCGACUCUGAAGGCUGCAGCAGCGAGGCUGAUGCUGGGGGCUCUGGAGCGAGUGCUGAGGGCCGAUGAGCCGACGACAGCUGUCAUCCACAACGGCUUGCUCCCCAUGACCCUGCGACUCCUCGAGGACGCCUGCAGCAAGCCAGUGGUCGUCAUGAGCCCCGAGGAGGGCUCUCUCCUCCAGGAGUUCAUAUUCGCAACCACUUACGGAAUUAUCACGUUCCUGUACUGUCUCUUGCAUCAGAGGGGGACCGCGGAGAAGCUGAAAGACUUUCUGGAGCUGUUCCAACUGUUCACCGAGAGUCAAGAGGGCAAGCUCGUGGAGCGAACGAUCCUCGCGAUAGUAGACCUGCCGAGUAUCGACCCGGAAAAGUCGGUGACACGUGCGAGAAAGGUCGUCGACAUGAUUGGCGCCCUGAUAAGUGCCCUCAAGCGCGUCAGGCAGGAGCUCUGCCACAUGGGCCAGUGUCGCAGGUCCAAGCACAGGGCGUGUGACAACGUAAUCGAGGCCCAUCACCACUUCGACAUCCUGGGGAGUCCAUAUUCGCAGCCCAAAGUGGCGACUCUGGGGCAGCAGAUGUGCUGCAUCUCCUCUCUCUUCAUGACCCUGACUGGUUUAAUGAGAGAGUCCAAGUCCUUUCCAAUUGAAUUUGAAGUCAGACUUUUGAAGGUGAUCACAGCUGCUGGCACCUGCUGCUGCUUUCCCCCCAAGAUUUUGCUGGCCAAUGUCGUGGGAUUUCUGAAGAAGGGGAAUUCACAGAUUUAUGGACCCUGUGUGGUUCUGCUAGAAAGGUGUUUGUUCAAGGAAUUGGGGGCCUAUCCUGAACGUGAGACUUGCAACACCUGUGCCAAACCACUCAACUACUCGUGGGAGUUCCUGGAGCUUUACUCUGGACUUUUGAGUCCAGAUGACUCCAAUUUGUGCUGCAGCAUAAUGGGGCAUCUUGUUAAGGUGACGCCCAAUGCUGGAUUCCAUGUCAGGCGUGAGUUGCUCUUCAGGGUGUUUUAUCCAACGUUUCUCAGUGCCAAGAAGAGCCUGGAGAGGUGUGGGGGCAAUGCCAGCACUGAGUUUAUAAUUCAGUCGUGUUUGUCCAUGAUCUCGAGCCUCGUUGUUAGUGGGCCAAUGUACGAGAGAUAUGUGGAGAUCAGGGGAUUAGAGGAGUCCCUGAAGCUACUGCCUAAUCCCUUGUUCACGAGAAAUGUUUAUGCUUUGUUGGAGGUGUCUGUGAUAAUGGAGAUAUGGCUGGCGAUUGAGGAGAAUGAGGGGGAAUUGAGCGAGGGAAUUGCAGUCAAGGCACUUCUCGAUGCACUCGACAAAGAGAGCACUGAACUUCUGGAGGUUUUUGAGGGCAUCACGCAGCAGAAUAUCGAGGAAAUACUCGAGGAGUCGGUCCAAUGUGCCUUUGUGAAGUCAAGGAAAUUUCAGGAGAGGGAGAAGUCUGGGGAACCAUUGAAUAAGAGGAGCUUGUUGAAGACUGAGUUGUCGAAGUCUCUGGAGGAUAUCGUCAGGGGGGGAUCACUCGAGGAACUGCAGAAAGUCAGUCUCUUUCAGGCCAGUGCGGCGUGGAGAGCGGCUGCUGGGGUGGCCUUGUGCAGUCCUUGUUUUAGAAUUGAGUUGGCGAAGAGUCCUGUCUCUGAGAAAUCACUGAGACUCUUCAAAAUUCUUGCUGUCUGCAUCGCAACUGAUCGCAUGAAAGACGCCAGUAAAUCAGCCCAUCGGCUCCUCGAGGCGUUAAUCACGUGCUGCUUGACAUCGCCGUUGUGUGAUUCCGAUGUGAUAACAGAACUUGGUAAAUCUUUGAUGAGUGCUGGAAUCAAAUUGGGACGAGGAAUAGCAAUGCUUGUUGAGUCACUUCUCAGGGUCUCCAUGCUGAAAUCCAGUCGAGAACAAACUAUGCCACAACCAACAAGACCGAGACUGCCAACAAUGACCUUGGAGGCGCUGCCAGAUUGCGGAGGUGAGGACAGUAGCACAGGAGAGUACGUAACCGCUGACGAUGGCUACGAGGCGGACGUCGAGGUCCAGGGGAAGAGCCCGCAGAACAGCUUGCCCAGGAGGAGCAAUUCCCUAGGGCCUGUGGUGGAACCAAGGGGACAUGCCAAUGCCCAUCCAGCACUUUGUUCCCUUGCUGUUGACCUACUGAUCCACUUCAGUGAACAAGGUCUAGACGGAGAGAGAAGCACAAUUGUAAGCGGCGGCUUGCGAAAAGUGGCAGUGAUAUGUAGAGAGAGUGCAUCGAGUUGUGCAGCGCUGGCAGGAUCAGGAGUGAUCACAAAGCUCCUCAAUGGAUUCGAGGCGAUUCUAACGAGCAAAGAGCCAGAGCACCAGGACCUGCAGCACGCUGUCCUGGAGGUCUUGACCCUGCUGGCCACCCAAUCGAUCUCUCCAACCGAGCUGGUGUCCUACCUCUCCCUCUUCAAAUCCGCAUCCCCACCACUCGUCCCCCUCCUGGAGCCCCUAUUCCGACUCGUGAUCGCCUCAAAACCCCAGCCAAACUUCAUCCUCUCAUUUCCCAUCGUCAUCGAGCCCAGCAGUCCCAACAAAACCGAAAGAGAGAACGUGAAGAACACCGAAAAGGCUGAGAAUCUCGUCAACAACUUCAGGAAGAAGCACAUAGCAGCUGAGAUCUGCAGUCCCUGGUCGGUCCACGCGAUGUGCCUGCCAGUUGGGCCUGAACUUUCCUGGCCAGUGUGGCUGCACGGCUGUUCAGCCUCCAUGUGGCUGCGAGUGGAAAGAGGCGCGAGUGUCCCAGGCAGAGGAGCCACAGUCUCAGUGUCCCACCUCCUGGAUUCAGACAGUGAGAGCCUGUCAGACUGGGGAGUUUUAACCGACAACUGGAGCCGAGAGGUCGUGGCAGGCUCAGCCUCCCCUCCAGCCCCACUCACAAUAAUCCAUUUGAUGUCCAUAGGCUUCGAGUCCCUCGUCCUGGAGUCGUGGCUGGACCUGAAAUCCGACAAACUCAUUCUUCGUCUGACUCGUCCCGACGACAAGACCAACCGCACCAUCUCCGAGGCGUCGAUAAACGGCCUCCUCCCUUCGGGAAGGUGGCACCACCUCGCCCUGAACUUCAAGGACACUGUUCUCAAUAAAAAGAGCGCAGUGGUGGAGGUGAAAAUCUGGGUUGAUGGGUAUCGCGAGGCCAAUGCACAGCUGCCCUUCGAUGGCCUUCUGGUACGCAAGCCCGGAACUACCUGCGUUCUGCUGGGGCAGAAUGGCCCCUGCAGCAGUGGUGCCUGGUACCUGGGGAACCUCAUGGUCUUCAGGUGCCCCAUAUUCACGAAGGAAAGAGCUCUCUACCUCGCCAGUCUCGGUCCAAACUACACGAAUUUAGCAGAAUGCAUUCUAAAUUCCGCGAAGCCUGACUUUUCACCUCUGAUAGCCUCCGGAGCGCUGAACGGCGUACGAGAGGUGAAAUUCGAGGGUGGAAAGUUCGACACCAGUCGAAGAAAGUCGUACGGAGGGACUUACCUGAGGCACAUUGUGGAGACCAAGGUCUCGGACUCCAAGAUCGAUUGGGACGCUGUUAUGGACGCCACGAAUUCCCACCUGAGUGAUCUUCAGGACAACAUUUUAAUCAGUUACGAGGCACAAAGCCCGAAUUUAGUUCACCUGUACCCGCAGGCAAUUGCCAAUCCCAAUGCAGUUGUUAGAACUCUGUUCCCAGGGCAGCCAGGGUUCAGGGUGAUUUCUGCACCGGAGCACAGAGUCUCCCAGCAGCCGCCACUGUCAAUACCCCCGAUAGCCUCGUCGAGACUCGAGUGCCAGCAGUACAGGGGACUCAUUCCUGCAGCGAGUUUAAUAGGCGGAAUGCCAGUGUUUCUGUACCUCUUCGCAAGAGUUGUCGAGUUGAAUUCAUCUGAGGAGGAACAGGCCCUGGCAUUGUCGAUCGUUCUCCACCUCUCGAAGAGCGAUUCCGAGCUGCUGAGCCAGUACAGAUCGGAGGGGGGUCCAUCGCUGCUUCUGCGUGUCCUCGAGAGUCCCAGGUGCAACGCAGGUAAGCACAUCCUGAAGGCCAUCCUGGAUGCAGCCUGCGACACUUGCAUUCUGAUCAAAGACAUCAGCAGUGGCAACCACGUGAUUCUGCAGAACUGCGAGGCUGUCGUAACCGAUCCUGAGCUGAUCAAAGUGUCCCUGAGUGCCUGGAGGACGUGGGCCAAGUCCGAUGCUCUGAAUCUAUUCCUCCAGGCGAUCCUGGUGCUGCUGAGGGAUCAGCACUCCCAGAGGGAGUUCAACGCUGCCCAGUUCAAUCGAGUUGACAUCGUCGAAACUAUUUUGCUCCUGUGCAAAGAGCACUUCAUGUACGAGGAUUGCUACGAGCGCACUUUGCUCGAUCCCACAAGUGGCACUGCAGUUGUCGAGCUGAUUAGAGCGCUCAUGGGAGCGCCUCCGGAAUUUUCGCAUUUAGUCGCAAUCACAGAUUAUCUUAUUCUAGUUCAUCAGGCGUCAGAGACGUACGUCACCCACUCGCGUCAUAAUAUCUAUUUCCUGUUGCCACCGUUGGACGACAAGAGGUCGUGCCUCAAAGUCGGAUUAUCCACGACGACAACAACAACUGCGACGACGAGUUCGUCUGAUGAGUCAGUGAGUACGUUAGAAGUGAGUAAAUUGAAUAAAGCACUGGCUAACGUGCAGAUCCAGCGGGACAGGGCCACCAGGAAGAGGGAGAGGAGAUAUGGAGUCUCGAAAGAGACGAGUGCAGGCGAGGAUUCAGGAAUAGCAGCGAGCGAUGGCUCUAAUCACCAGAUAAGUGAGAAACACCUGUCGUGGAGUGACGAGAAACGUGUGUGCCAGGGGCUGGUGUGCGAGGGACUCCUUCUGCUCUUGAGAGACGCUGUGAGGGUUCUGCCUGACAGCCAGGUGGGGUCUGUCCUCAAGCACGUUCUCAGGGCCGAAAUACUACUCGUUUUGGCCAAUAAUCCUGACACUAAGGUUCGCACUGCACUCGUCAAACUGGUGCAGGCGUAUUUACAGAGAGCCAGUGACGAGGAGAUCAAUAAAUUCAUCAAGCAGAAGUACUUCAUUCACCUGGCGAAUCAGAUCGCCCUGUACCCAGCGUCUGAACCCCUGGCUGUUGCCCUCGAGAGUUUGGCGACUAGGGGGCCAACACAGGCUGCUAUGCCCCCUCUCCUGGCGAUGCUGUCACGCGCCUCUGCCACUGACCCCAACAUUGCUAGGCCAAUCGUCUCUUUCAUCACUGAUAUGAUCUCCAAAAACUCGAGCUCGUUGAAGUCUCUGCUGGACCAGGGCUUGGCGGAGUCCUUGGCUAGAUCUCUCGUGGGCGGUGCACACAAGGGCAAUUCCACCUCUUUAUUCAAUGACAUUCACAUUCUACUGGUGGCCAUAGCCACGAAGCUGCUGGAAUCCCCUGGAAGCCACCACAUGCAGGCGAUUGCUGAUCUCCACUUGAUUCUUAAUCACGUGGAGCUGAAUGAGAGACACCAAUGUGGGGCAGAGUCGUCUUGUGUGACUGUGAUUCGCGACGCGCAGGUGGUUCUCUUCGAUGGAGAACUCGAUUUUCUGAUGGCUAAAGUGUCAACCCACUCUGGCUUCAGACUUCGCAGCACUGCGUCUUAUCUGGCUUCGGCUUCUUACUUGACGUCGGUGUUGACGACUUCCAGUGAGCAGAGUGAUCACGAGUCACGUUCCUCUAGCUAUGGGAGUCUUCAUGGCUCGAAUACCUCGGUGAGGGAGCCUGGGAGGGGAGAAAUCAACGAGAGAUUCAAGACUAUUAUCGUGAAGACUGUUGAGUUCCUCACAACUGCUGAUCAUGCACCGUCCUACAACGAAUUACAGCUCACGAAGAGAUUGUUCUCGAUGCUGUUGCAUGGACUGUCGUCGGGAUCAGACAGGAAGUACUGGGGUGGCUCGUGGGGAUCGAGGCCGACCCUGAGGAAGAACACAGCCAGAGUUAUGGUCUGGCUGCUGGGACCACACCAGAGCAACAACACGAGGGUUUACGCAGUCAGAUCGUUGAUGGAGGAGCCCAGGGGCCGAGAAAUUCUCUCCUCACUACUGGAAAUCCACGCGCAGGUGGAGCAGAAGUUCACGGUCUUCUUCUGGGAUCUCCUGGAGAAGCGAGACGAGAUGCCCAGUGCAGACGCCCGAGUCUGCGCUGAGUUGAAAGAGGCACUGAGCAUCUGGGAUCUUGUGAAGGGAAUUGAACGAGCCACUCCGGGGUUGUGGGGCGAGGAGCUGACACUUCUCCGACGGGAAUUAAUGAGGGACAGGGACAUCUGGAUGGAGAGUAAUCUGUCAGCAAUCCAGAGGAUUGGAAAUAAGUUCGAUAUCCUGGCGAAGCAGCUGACGGAGAGUGCGAUGACGAUUACAAGAACAGUUGUUGAGGAGCAGAAUCGAGAGAGGAAGGGACUGAUGGAGAAGCUGAAGCACUCGAGGGCGAUGGAGGCUCAGGCGAUGGCUCGAUGGAGAGACCUCGCAAGGAGGUUAACCCACGAGAGGGCUCCCUGGUACUUCUCUGAAUGCUACCCCCAGAGUUGGGAGCUUGAUCCAACAGAGGGACCCGCCAGGAUCAGAAUAAGAAUGCAGAGGUGUCACUUGAAGAUUGACAAACGAUUCUUCAGGAGUGAACACCAGGAGAAGCUCGAUGCUGCUAAUGUAGAAUCCCCUCUGUCGUAUCUUUUCAAUAACGUCCGUCAGGACGCAAACGCCACUGCUCUGAUCGAGCGUCUCCACACCUCCGAGAGGAUCAGGAAAAUGUCGCAGGCCAGGGUGGUGACACCCCAUGCAGAAUUGCCUGGUGAAGCUCUCAUUGGAGAGACGUGCCUGUACUUCGUCCCUGAUAAACCUGACAGCCCUCUUCAUGGGGACAUUGCACUGGGUGGACUGGACCUGGCGAUGGCUGGGGGGACCGCCUGGAGGCUGGAGGACAUCAGGGAGCUGCACAGAAGGAGAUAUCAGCUGCAGGAGCGAGCGAUUGAGAUUUUCCUGGUGACUGGCAGGACUUAUCUCCUGGCCUUCAACUCUUCCAAGGAGCGAGACGAGUUCGUCGCUGAAUUAUCAACCUGCAAUUUACCCAGGAGAGUCCCAGGGGAUGACCUGGGGGAGGCCCUGGCCCUCUGGCGCAGUGGGGCCCUGACGAACUGGGAAUACGUCAUGUGUCUGAAUAAACUAGCUGGAAGAUCCUACAACGAUCUCAUGCAGUAUCCAGUUUUCCCAUUCGUUUUGGCGGAUUACAUUAGUGAGAGAAUUGACCUCAACAAUUCCAAGAUCUACCGGAACUUCAGGCGUCCCAUGGCAGUGCAGGACAAAAAGAAUGAGCAGCAUUAUAUAUUGAACUACAAUUACUUGAAACAGGCAUUCGCUGAGGACAACAAUCUGGUAGCUCUCAAUCAGGGGCCAUUUCAUUAUGGCUCUCACUACAGCAACUCUGGGACAGUUCUCCACUUUCUCGUGCGUCUUCCACCCUUCACCAGUAUGUUCUUGUGCUACCAAGACAACAAUUUCGACAUUCCAGAUCGCACUUUCCACGCAUUAGCCACCACCUGGAGACUAACAAGCUGCGAUUCCACGACAGACGUCAAAGAAUUGAUCCCCGAGUUCUUUUAUUUACCAGAAUUCCUGUUGAACUCUGAGGGCUUCAAUUUUGGGGUGAGACAGAAUGGCCAGCGAGUGGGGGAUGUGGAGCUGCCUCCCUGGUGUGGAGGCGACGCUAGACUAUUCAUCCUGGCGCAUCGAGCUGCCCUCGAAGCCGACAUUGUCCGAGAAGUUCUGCCUUACUGGAUCGAUCUGGUCUUUGGUUUUCGACAGACAGGGAGACCAGCGAUAGAGGCCAUCAAUGUCUUCCAUCCAGCGACUUACUACGGAUUUAACGUCGACCAGAUUGAGGAUCCGUCGCAGAGGGACGCGUGGGAGACGAUGGUGAAGACUUACGGCCAAACCCCAGCGCAAUUGUUCAGGGCCUCGCAUCCCCUGCCCAUUCCCAGUGCCUUGAGCUCGAUUCCUGCGAGCAGUGUUCCACCGGUGAUCGAGGGAGUUGACGGAAUAAAGUGGGGAAAUUACGUGGGCGCCCCUGGGAACGAACCUGUCCUCUGCUGGAAGAACAAGCAUCGAGCUGCAAUGGCCUCCCUCAUUCCCCUCUCCACUGGAGACGUCUUUGGGCUUCCGGUCUGCACGACUCUGUUGCUGAGGUACACGAAGGAGAAGGGAACGAACAUGCUGAGUGGAACUUCGGUUCUGGGGGCUGCACUGGCGUCGUGGAGUGGCAGCGAUGGCAUCGCCAGGCUCAAGUGCAAGAAGGAACAGCCACCGAGGCCUUUGAUCAAAAGUUCUGGAUACGAUCCCAUCACCAUCCUGGGGUCUGCUGCUGAUUGUGGACAACUGUGGAUCGGUCACCUCUCGGGGAGGAUCACUGUGCAUUCUUAUAAUGUCGAGGCUGCUGGCAAGAUUGAAUUUGGGCUGGGACCAGCGUCAGUUUUGCUGGCACACAGGUGUGCAGUUAGAGUUAUUGCUCUGUCGAGAGCCUUCAGCAUCGCUGUCACUGGGGAUGAUGAGGGGGUCAUUGUCGUCUGGGAUUUGAACAGCUUAUCUUACGUGAGGUCAAUAGUCUGUGAUCGUACACACACGAUCGGUCUUCUGUCGAUAAGUGAAACACUCGGGGAUAUUGCGGUUACUUGCGAGUUGAAGGAGAGCGAGGAGACUGGUGAUAAUCGGUCUGAGCUACGAGUUUAUACGAUUAAUGCUAGAGCUGUUGGAGCUGUACUGUCCAAGAGGAGGAUAACAGCGUUGUGCUACAGCAAUGCGCCUGAGGGGGUCUCUGUCAAUGUUAUUGCGACGGGCCUCGACAAUGGAGUGAUAAGACUGUGGAGCAGUUGGGACUUGAGACUAGUUCGAGAAAUAGUGAACGGUGGAAGAGGCUGUGGUGCAAUAAUAGCUAUAGCCUGGGCCCUCGAUCAGCACCACCUUUACGCAGCAACUGAAGACUCGACUGUAUUAAUUUGGGAGGGUAUGAGACGCCUGAGCAAUGGAACACCGAAAUUCGUGAAUCUCACGUCACUAUGACACGAUAAUUAGCCCGGUUACACAGCAGGAGUCAAAAUUUCGUGAUAUUUCUCAAUGUAUAAUCAUACGUUAUUUUAUCAUUACAAUCGACAUUAUUAACAAUUUUACAAGCCACACGAUCAAUCGCAUUAUCAGCCCCAGAGCCAUAUAUUUUUACAAGUGAGUCAAUCACGUACUGAUUAAUUGUUAAUAUUUGUAUCUGAAUUAUAUCGAGCCAAAGUGUAAUUUCCAACGAAUCGUUGAUUAUUUUAAAUGAUUAAUACCGAAUAAGUGAAGUGAAAAAAAAUAUUGUGGAAUGAGAUAUCUUUAAACUGUGAACAAAGAUUUCAUGUACAAUAGUAUUAUUUUAUAAUUUCCUAUUUAGCAAUACUCGUGAUGCUUCUAGUGAUAGAUUUAAUACUCUGAUUAUUAUAUUUUUUAUACUGUACGAUAUGUCCAUAUGUAGCAAUUGUAACUAUUGAAACAAUGUUUCCUCAUUACUGGUGAUGAAAUAUUUUUUAAUAUGAAAUUCCAAUAAAUGAAUAAAUAGUUUUUUAAUCGAAAAAAUAA